CGCCGUACUUUACAAUUGUCAACAAACUUUAAAGUGCAAGCAUACAAGACUGAACAUCUAAAGAUAAAUAUUAAAUAAAAGCAAAAAUCAUUGCAUGGAGCAAAAUGUCUAUGACGACUGCUGGCAGCUGCUUCAACGUUUUGGACGUGCCGCUGACGCUUCCCAGAUGGCGAAAUUUGAACUGUUCUGCCAAACAUGGCACGAGUUACAAACACAACAUAUUUACUCAGCUCAAACCAAUCACAUUGAAGUGAUUGAGACCACAAUGGCAGCCCUGCAUGUGGGUAAGCGAGUGGCAUGUGGUCGCCGUACAAACGGUGAGCUAUUCCAGGCGACGCGCGCCCAACGUAUUGGCGGCAUAUAUUUGUUAUAUGCCAUAUACAAUAAGCAGCCGACAAAAUUGUUUGUUAAGAUUGAGGUGUCGCCUCGCACAUGGCAGUCACUAACCGGUUAUGUGGAGCAACUGCGUCGCGAGGGUGGUGAUCGACGCGACACGCAGCAAGUGAGUUACAUAUUCUGGCAACUGGUUCAAGAACAAGCUUUCCGCUACACAGCUUUGGAUUACUGCCAGGCACUGGACGCCCUGGCCGCCUACGACAGUUUGGAAAGCUUUGUGGAAGCCAAACAACAGAAGAACCACACAGCUGCGCUAUUAAAGCAACAGCUUAAUCCAAGCAGUGGCAACCUUUCCGAGGAGCUGCAUGGGCUAACGGAAAUGGCAACCAGUUGUAAAGCAUUGUGCCAACUGGAGACGGCUUACAACAUGCAGAUGGAGUCGCACCGCAAUUCGUUUCCCGCCACAAUCAUCUUCAGCCAGUUGCGAGAUGUUUUCUAUGAAAUUAAUGAUCUGCUGACGCACGAGGAGAAGCCUACAACAUCAAACGCCACAAAUGAACAUCUGGAGCUGCGAAAGAAAGCCCGCCACAAAGCAAUGUUUGGCGAACUCCCGGAACAGGUGUCAACAGAAGAGGUAACUGAACAAUCCCUGCACGAAGCACCCGAUCGUCACGAGCGACGUAUGUCAUCGGCAACGGUCUUUGCACGCAAAUUACCAGAUGAUGUGAUUCGGAACUUGGAAUGCUAGCUCGAUAGUUAAAUUCCAAUUAUUAAGCUUUAUAUAAAAAUAUAUUAUUUCAAAAAAGAUAAAGCUAAGCGAGAGGUUUUUACCACAAACCACAAAAUUGAAGAUAUAAAUAAGAUCAUUUAAUAGUACUGCCUGAUGAACAAGUAACAAAUGGCAACAGUGAUAAACUAUAUUUAAAAAAUUAAAUAAAACAAAAAUGUGGCUCUAGCUGCUCAAAUACAACGGUUUGAAAUUCAUUUAUAGCAAUUUAAAAUAAAAAUCUUA